AUGGCUCAAUCUUCGCGUCUGCAAAACAAGGUUGCCAUCGUGACCGGUGCCUCUUCUGGCUUGGGCCGAGCUAUCGCUAUUCGAUAUGCACAGGAAGGCGCUAAGCUAGUCUGUGCUGAUUUGACAGCAGUGGCUCGAUCGAAAGAGGAAGCUGAGAUCACCACACAUGAUUCGAUUAUCCAGAGUGGUGGGAGAGCUAUCUUCGUUCAAACCGAUGUUGGCGAUGCUACUCAGAUGGAAAGCUUAGUAAAAGCGACUGUGGAUGAGUAUGGGAGACUUGAUGUUUUGGUUAACAAUGCCGGAAUUAGCAUCGAGGCAAGACUUCCAGCGGUGCUCCAUUUAACUGAUGAGGCAACGUGGGAUACCACGAUGCGGGUGAAUCUCAAGUCUGUCUUCCUUGGCUGCAAAUAUGCCCUUGCGCAGAUGUUAGCACAAGAGCCACAUGCUUCAGGAGACCGGGGAUGGAUCGUCAACAUUUCAUCAAUUAUGGGCAUGAUUGUUGGCCCAGAGAACCCUUCUUACUGCGCAUCAAAGGGUGGUGUCAGUCAGCUCACGAGGCAGAUCGCUUUAGAUUAUGCUCCGCAUAAGAUUCAUGCCAACGCACUUUGCCCCGGAUAUACCCAGACCGCGAUCUUUAAGGAAACUACCACUAACCUCACUCCUUGGGAUGACCUCAAUCGCCGACAUCCAUUGAAGGGGCCAGGUUUUCCUGAUGAUAUUGCCAGAAUGGCUGUUGUUCUGGCAAGCGAUGAUGCAAGCUGGGUUACAGGAGUCUGUCUGCCGGUAGAUGGCGGAUAUACAGCCCGCUAA